CCUUAAACUUAACAACAUCCAUGGAAUUCAUUACCAUCUCCUUCUCUCUAUUCAUUCUCCUCUCCACUCUCUUUCUCUUCAAAUCUUCCGUCGCCGGUCGCCGGAAAAACCUCCCUCUUCCUCCCGGAACACUUGGCUGGCCUUACAUCGGUGAAACCUUUCAGCUUUACUCUCAAAACCCCAAUGUCUUCUUCGCCUCCAAAGUCAAAAAGUAUGGUUCCAUCUUCAAGACCCAUGUUUUGGGUUGUCGUUGUGUCAUGAUUUCAAGUCCGGCAGCUGCUAAGCUUGUUCUCGUGACCAAGUCUCAUCUUUUUAAGCCCACAUUUCCGGCGAGUAAAGAGAGAAUGUUGGGCAAACAAGCCAUUUUCUUCCACCAAGGUGAUUACCAUUCAAAAUUGAGACGUUUGGUUCUCCGAGCAUUCACGCCGGAAUCCAUCAAGAACAUCAUCCCUGACAUCGAAUCCAUCGCCGUCGAUUCGCUCCGGUCAUGGGAAAACCGCCUCAUCAACACUUUCCAAGAAAUGAAAACAUUCACCUUCAAUGUCGCACUGCUUUCCAUUUUUGGAAAGGAUGAAGUGCUCUACAGAGAAGAUCUCAAGAGAUGCUAUUACAUUCUUGAAAAAGGGUAUAAUUCCAUGCCGAUUAACCUCCCAGGAACCCUAUUUCACAAAUCGAUGAAGGCUAGAAGGGAAUUAGCUCAGAUCUUGGCCAAGAUUCUUUCACUCAGAAGAGAAACCAAUAAAGAAAACCACAAUGAUUUACUGGGUUCGUUCAUGGAAGAAAAAGAAGGACUCUCCGACGAACAAAUCGCCGACAACAUCAUCGGCGUCAUCUUCGCCGCCCGUGACACCACCGCCAGUGUCCUCACUUGGAUCCUCAAGUACCUGGCUGAGAAUCCCACUGUCCUACAAGCUGUCACUGAUGAACAAGAAGGGAUAAUGAAGGGGAAAGAUGACAAGAGUUUGACUUGGUUAGAUACCAAGAAGAUGCCUAUAACUUCAAGAGUCAUUCAAGAAACCCUCAGAGUUGCUUCUAUCCUGUCUUUUACCUUUAGAGAAGCUGUGGAAGAUGUUGAAUUUGAAGGCUACCUUAUUCCAAAAGGAUGGAAAGUACUGCCUCUCUUCAGAAACAUUCACCACAGUCCCGAAAACUUCACCAACCCCGAGAAGUUCGACCCGUCAAGAUUCGAGGUUGCACCAAAGCCCAAUACUUUUAUGCCAUUUGGCAAUGGGACCCAUGCUUGUCCAGGAAAUGAGCUUGCCAAGCUGGAGAUAUUAGUUCUUUUACAUCAUAUGACCACAAAAUACAGGUGGUCAAUGGUAGGCCCACAGAAUGAUAUCCAUUAUGCUCCAUUUGCCCUUCCACAAAAUGGUUUGCCUAUAAGAUUCUACCCCAAGAAAAUGCCCUAAAAAGGGUCACAACAAGACCUUAUGGUUCAAGGUUCAAAAUCUCGAGGUUCGGGUUUGAGGGUAUCCGGAAUCUUGAGACGGGGUGGUUGAACGUAUUUGAAUCCAAAGGUUGGUCGGUGUGCAAGAACAAGACACGUCAAAAGAGACUUACUAUUUUUAGAUAUAAGGGUGUUUGACCGAUUUAGUCAUUAAAGAAAAAGGAUAAAGGAAUCAUCAUGAAGAGACGAGGAGAUUAUGUCUAAGGCAUAAGAAGACUCGAAAAGGACACCAAACUGUACAUAAAGAGAGCUUCCUUAAACCAAUAAGAAGAGAACCGUAAAGAUUCGUGAUGAUUCCGUAAUAAAUAGCAAGGUAGGGGGUGCGAAACGUGAUCGAUUAUAGCAUAUAUAAUUAGGUCAUACCUUUUUUAACGAGUUUAGUUAAAAAUACCAAGUGAGGAGACGUUAUUAACUUUCUUUUCUUGUAUCAAGUCCGCAAGGCAUUUAAAUAAAAUUUUGUUUA